AAAGAUGUCAAAGCUUGAAGAUUCACGUAAAUUCACUCGAUUUAUUUUUGCCAGUACAGAACAGACGCCAGUUUGAAUAAAAGGCAACUUUUGAAACUUCAAACUAAAUUGACACUGGAAAAAUCCUAAUUUGUCAACAAAAACAUUUCAAAAGCGAAAUGGAAAGCAUUUUCAACGAUUUAAGCUGUGCGGUAAAUAACAAAGACUAUACGGAAAUAAUUAGAAUCCUUAAUUGCUUAAUAAAGCAAGCAGAUAAGGUCAAAAUCAAGGAAAUCAGUUUAUUCAUCGCAUUGUUUAAUUUAGGAUCUCAGAGUGUUCAAAUUGUGGCUGCUGAAGCUACUGCAGAAUUAUGUAAAUGUUUAGAAAUUAGACGAGUUUUUACAAAUGCAGAGCUUGUGAAUAUACUUAUGCAGUAUGUGAAAUCAGAUUCUCCUGAGCUAACUUUGGAAGCGGUUAGAGCAUUAGGCAACAUAUGUUACGAAAAUGAAGACGCUUGUAAACUAGUUGAAAAAGAAGGCAUUGAUAGUAUAUUAACACUACUUAGAGAUGAUUCCAAACGAGAAGAUGAUAACAUAACAACCAAAGUUUCCGGGUUAUUCGCAACGUUAAUAAAUAUGAAUGAUAAUGUACCGAAAGCUGCGUUAGACGGAGGCAUUUUGACAGUGGUAGAGCAUCUUUUACUCAAAUAUAAGGUCUCUAUUGCAGAGCACAAGACUGCUAUUGCAUUUCUUUUAAGUAUCGUUGAUUCUCUGAUUGAUUAUAUCGAUGACGUGGAAUUCGUUUUUACGGAACGAUUAGGAAAAAUAGUUGUGGAUAUAUUGAAAGGAUCCGAAGUACCAAGAAUUUAUGUUUUGUGUCUGUCGAUUUUCCAUGCGUUGUCAGAGAAAGAUGAAAUUAAAAAUCUGUUAGGAAGGGAAGGAAUAUGUGAAUUGCUGUUUGAUUUGAUCGAAAAACAUAGGCACAGAGUGACGGACGAGGAAAGUCGGUAUAUAUUAAAAAUGACUUGCGAUCUCAUUGUUCUUAUUCUAACUGGAGAUCCCUGUAUGGAUCUUUUGUAUAAUGAUGGCAAAGGAAAAAUGUACGCAAAUAUACUAUCAUGGCUGGAUGCCGAAGAUUCCGAUUUAUUAACUACAGGAAUACUGGCAAUCGGCAACUUUGCGAGAAAAGAUGUCCAUUGCAUACAAAUGGUAAAGGAUGGCGUUGCCAAAAAACUCAUUGAACUUCUUAGAAAGUGUAAUCAUUCCACGGAUAUUAGCGAUUGUAAACUGCAACAUGCAUUAUUGAGUACUCUGAAGAACCUGGUUAUUUCAAAGCAAAAUAAACCGCAGGCAUUAGAAGACGGCAUAAUCGAAGUUAUGUACCCAAUGCUAAAUCAGGACAGAUAUAUGGUCGUUUUUAAGCUUUUGGGUACAUUCAGAAUGGUUAUUGACGGCCAACCUGAAACCGCACAUUAUUUAUUAUCGAAAAAAGAUUUUGUGGAAAGAUUGGUAUACUGGUGCUAUAAUUCGGACCAUGUGGGCGUUAGAGGUGAAGUGCCCAGAAUCUUUAGUUGGUUGAUAAAAAACACCCACUCUUCUGAACCAUUUGCAACCUUUGUAUCGGUGAAAGAUAGUGUAAAAUGCAUCGUCGAUAUGAUUGCAUCGAAUUUUGGGCUGAUGCAUAAUGAAUCGUUUCUCGCAUUAAUCAUAUUACUCAGUGGUUUGAGGAAUACCGAAAAACAUUCUCAGGUGGAUGUGGAUGCUUUCUAUAACACGCUUUGCGACUCAGCGUUUGGAAAGAAUUUGAGUUUUGCGUUGAAUAAAUAUGGGGAACAGUGGGACAAACACACAAUCGAAAACUGCUUAACUUUACUCGAACAAACGAGUAGCUCGGAACAAAUUAUUCAAGAGCUACAGAAGAACAACGUUGUGCAAUCCCUAGACAAACUGAAAUCGAACGUCAACGCAACGGAAUGUGCUAAUAGGGUGGAUACAUUGUUGAUUACAUUAGCUAAAUAAAUCGAGGUGAUAUCUGAA